AUGAUCAUUUGUGCAAGAAACACACUGUUUGUGCUAGGGCUGCUCUUGGGCUGUGUCUACGCCCAGGAAAAGGCCCUUCGCCUUGCCGUGCUUUCCACAUACCCCCCCACCAACUGCGGUAUAGCUGAAUUUGCUAAAAACAUGUGUGCUGCUAUUUUAUCGCACAAGAGAAACAUAGAAAUAGAAAUAUUUUCAACCGACAGAAAGCCCCACAUAGGGCUGCCAGUGAAAAUGAAGGGAACAAAAGUCCACACGUACGAGUUCGUGAGAGAGACAGAGGUAGAGACAUUGAGAGAGAUAGCAGACAGAAUAAAUGAAGGCAACUUUGAUGCUCUUCUGGUGCAGCACGAGCUGGGCCUGCUCCACUUCUAUCCCAACUAUGAAACAUUUUUGAACAGAAUAAGAAAAGAAACGACAACAUUCGUGUUUGUUCACACGGGAAAUCCGUACGUAUCAUACAACAUACGAGAGGUAAUUCAGAGACUAGCUGUCUCUGCAGAUUACAUGGUUGGCCUGGGAUGGAAGGUGAAGUAUGCGCUUGUCCACUGCUACGGGAUACCCGAGCACAAAGUGCUCUACAUCCCACACGGCGUGCAGCUCGCAAAGCUGAAAAAAGGCAAAAACAAGAAAAGUUUAAAGAUUGUGAAAAACAAAGACAGAACAACCUUUUUAAUGGCAGGCUUGAUGAGAGCCAUGAAAGGGAUCUACAACGUGCUCGAUGCCAUGAAAAUACUCAAAGACAGAGGAACCCUUGGCAACGGGUUUUUGCAAAUAGCAGGAAAAGACCAGGAGGAUGGCGCCCUAAAGAAACACUUUAUGAACAAAGUCAGAGAGUACGGGCUAAGCGACAAGAUUAAAUGGGACUUUGGCUUCCACUCUCUCAACAAGCUCACUCGAUACCAUCUGCAGGCAGAUAUAUUCCUCGCGCCCUUUACUGUGGAGGUGCCCACUUCAGGGACUAUUUCAUUUGCUCUGAGUGCUGGCAUGCCAGUGAUUGCUACGCCCUUUGGGCUCUCGGGCGAGCUGCUAGGCCUCCCUGUAGAGACGCCUGAGUACAGCGCAAAAUCGAUAAAAGAUGAUGCAAGGGGAGGAUACGUAUCGUACACAAAAUACGGAGCAGUGGUGCCGUACAAAGACACAGUCUCCCUUGCGAAUGCCAUGGAAAAGUUCAUCAAGAACAAAGAGAUGUGCAAGAAAAUGGGAGAGGCUGCCAAAAAAAGAAUGGCAAAAAUAACGUGGAAAAAAGUAAGCGCAGUUCUGAUCGAUUUUAUAAGCAAAAAGAAAGAGCCUGCGAAUAUGAUACCAAAUAUGUACAAAAAGCACCUUCUCUCAUCGAACGCUGGAUGGGUUGGAUCAUAUGCUGUGGACCUGAACGACUCUCCCAUUGGAAGAGUGCCUGACGGCGCGUAUAAUCUGUACACUGAUGGAUAUCUUGUGAUCAAUGCGCUGAUAAAGGAGAAUAAGAUAGUGGAGCUGGGCGCUAGGACUAUGGUCUACAAAAAGGGAGGCAGAGACUGUCUGGGAGAAGAAACGUUCUUGUACGCAAGCUCGCACAUUCACCCGCCUAUUCGCAAGAACAGCUUAUCCGAGAAAGUAACGGAGAACGUGCAGAUAUUCUCGGGAUCUGACGAGAAAAAGCCUGUCCUAAAACUGGGCCACAACAAAGUUUUGAUAAUAUCGCCUAAUAUACUGGCAACUGUGUCUAUGUCCAAAGAAGGAAAUGUCAUACUGAAGAUUCUAAAAGUGUCCAGAUUCACAAUGUCCAAGGGUCUUCUGGGCAUCAGCAUUCUGAAGAGGUUCUCCGGGUUCCACCAGGAAACAAAGAAAAAAACUGAAGAGUGGCUAAUAAAGAACUGGAGCGAAAAUGUGUUCAGCACGUCUGCAGACUCAGAAGAGCAGGACGACCUAAAGGGGUCAUUCUAUGGGCUGCCGUACACCAUGAACAGAAACUUAAAAAGAGAUAUUUCCCACUACAAAGAGGUAUACGCAGCAGAAUAUGCAUACAUUUUGAGAAACACGAAGGAAGGCGCGCAGAUAAGAAAAGAAGUUGCAAGACAGUGGCCGCACAGAACCAUCAAAAUAAAAAUGAAGAGCAUCCCAACAAAGAGGUCUCUUCGAAAAGACCCACUAGAUAAGUACGUUAUAAAACACUUGGUAAGCGAAGGAAAGAAUAAAAUAGUAAAAGAGGUGCAGUUUACAUAA